UCUCUUCUCUACAAACACAGAAAAAAAGUGACCUUUUCCAACAAGGCAUAAGCUGUUUUUCUCCAACUCAAAUCAUCCCCUGGAAUAAUUGGAUCAGCUUUGUCCACUGGCAGACCUUUCAUCUUCUGUGAAUCAACAUGGAAAGGAAUCUUAAGAAUGUUUUGGUCAUUUCUUUCGGAUUUUUGCUUCUCUUUACUGCUUAUGGAGGACUGCAAAGUCUACAGAGCAGUCUCAACUCAGAAGAAGGGCUGGGCGUUACUUCCCUAAGCGUUCUCUAUGCUGCACUCAUCUUAUCGUCCAUGUUCCUGCCUCCAAUCCUCAUCAAGAAGCUGGGUUGCAAGUGGACCAUUGCAAUCUCUAUGUGCUGCUACAUUGCCUUCUCCUUAGGAAACUUCUAUGCCAGCUGGUACACACUUAUCCCUACCUCUGUGAUCCUGGGCCUAGGAGGAGCACCACUCUGGUCUGCCAAAUGCACUUACCUCACUAUUGCUGGCACUUCCUAUGCUGAGAAAGCAGGAAAAAAUGCAAAAGACAUUAUCAACCAAUACUUCGGGGUCUUCUUUCUGGUGUUUCAGUCUUCCGGAAUUUGGGGAAAUCUUAUCUCAUCCUUGAUACUCAGCCAAUCUUCCACCAAAGCAAAUGUCUCAGAAGAAGACCUGGUGUGCUGUGGAGCCUACAAUUGCCUGAGUGAUACCUCUAACACCACUGGGUCAGCAAAACUCUCCAACUCCUUGAUCUACACACUGCUAGGGGUCUACACUGCUAGUGGUGUGCUAGCUGUGUUGCUGGUUAUUAUAUUUCUGGACCAGAUCAAAUCUGACCAAGCAGAGACUGAGAAAGAAAAACUAGAGGCACCAUCCUUUUGGUCUACGUUCCUAGCAACUUUCCGGCAUCUUAAAGAUAAAAGGCAGUGUCUUCUAAUCCCUCUGACAAUGUACAGUGGGUUUGAACAGGGAUUUCUUUCUGGUGAUUAYACAAAGGUGUAUGUGACCUGUGCCCUGGGGAUCCAAUACAUUGGCUACAUGAUGAUCUGCUUUGCAGCUGUAAACUCCCUCUGCUCGCUGCUCUUCGGAAAGAUUUCCCAGUUCACCGGUAGAAAACUUCUCUUUGCAUUAGCCGCAGUUACGAACACGGCCUGUAUAAUAGCACUACUGCUGUGGCAUCCUCAUCCCAAGCAGCUUGCUGUGUUUUUUGUAUUCCCUGCCCUUUGGGGCCUGUCUGAUGCUGUUUGGCAAACACAAACUAAUGGACUCUAUGGCAUUUUAUUUGAGAAACACAAGGAAGCUGCCUUUGCAAAUUACCGUCUCUGGGAAUCACUUGGAUUUGUUAUCGCCUUUGGUUACAGCACCAAAUUGCAAGCCUACAUCAAACUGUACAUUUUAUUGUCUGUGCUCAUGCUGUCCAUGGUGACGUAUGGAGCAGUGGAAUACCUUGAGGUUAAAAGCUCCCCUGGGACACCUCCUGCUACAAAGAAGGAAAACGGAGUACCUCAGUCCCGGGAAACAUGCAUGUAAUCCAACAUGAUCAGUCUGAAGGAGGUAAAGCAAACUGGCCAGCUCCCCACAGGCAUGUCUCCAUGGGCAUUCCAAUCUGUCCUGUAUCCAGAAGCACAGUAAAGGAACAGAUUUCAAGGCCAUUAUAGUGCAAAUGUMUUAAUAGCAAAAAUCUCCUUUGACAUCUCACCUUUAUAAGGGAAGAUGAUCUGACUUCAACCUUUCAGGCAGAAGACCAACUAAAUGUUUUCCCUUUUUAUUUUAAUUAAUAAAAUCUUCAUAAAUAUAAACAAGACUCCUAAAAUGCU